AUGCCGUACAGUGUUCGGAACGCACAUUAUCUGCGGAUUUCCCCUCACAGCGUUAUGCCAUUCUACCUCUAUCUAGAUGAACGACAUGUCGAGUGGAUGUCUGAUCGGGUCCUGCAGCGAGUACUCGCAGACCUACAACCAUUACUAAUACCUAAACUGAGGGCGGAGGCGGAUGUAACACCCGGAAACGCUAAUUCAAAUGGGAAAAAGGGCACUGUAGAUGUUCAUAGAGGCGACGAUUAUCAAUUCGCGUUCUUCUUCAGGCAAACCGAGCCGCAUUCCGUUCUGAUCAAGACCAGAGACUUCAUAGUCGCGCCUACUCAACCUGCGCCGCCCGUCCCGAGCGGUACAGCAUCAGAACGCGCUCCCAAGUCAGGAAAAGACACCUGGAAGGGCGCCACGGGUAAUACUACGACUAAGAAACGAAAGAAAGGUUCACGAACACGCCGGGACGUCGGUUCAGACGAGAGCGAUACUGCCGGUUCAAGCUCAGGAGAGGACGCCGCGUUUCAAUCUCCUCCUAAGGCCAUUCAAACAACUAGGCGAUCUACCCGGAGAAAACGCGCAGCACCUACUUACGAUGAACCCGAGGAAGGUACCACUCAGGACCCAGAAUUUCGAAUGCAGGGCACGCUUGAUGAUCCGUCGCAGCCGCGCUCACCCCAGGUGAAGGAGGAAGACCCUGAUUCACCCUUGCCGGGUGAUCCCGGACGAAGAGAUACGUCUCGGACGCCUAUUGAACUCCACGUCGACGAGGACGAGGCAAAGCCUAAGCCUCUGCUCAGGCUGAAGUACCAAGGAUUCAAUAUCGUCGGACGGUGCCUAUCCGUGGUGGUGGAGCCUUGGCCGCCCAUCCGCGCGACAUCGGUUGCACCCGUGUUCACGCGCUCUGCUCACGCAAGGCCACAGAACAUCAUCGCGCCUCCAUCAUCGCGGAGAGACGAGGCAGCGAGCAUGCGUGCUCAGACUCCGCUUUUCUUACCGGACGACGAUCCCCGUGCUACACCGGCACCCUCAAGCUUCCCCGUGUCUCCGCCGCACCCACUCCCACCUCUUCCUUCCUUCGAUGACGCGGAGGAACAACAUCUGGACUUCGAGGAGGAUGGUUUAAUCCAGUUCAGCCAGGCACUCAAAUCCGGAGGUGGCUUACGCGCCGGAGAGGCUUACGAUGACGAUGAGAUGGACGGCGCGGUAUUCUUUGCGGACGCAGACGAGGCUCGCGAGUUGUACUGA